AUGCACUACCAGGAAUUAGGUCCUGCCAGAGCUCGCAAGACUCCACCCGAAAACAUCAACAUUGAUGAUUGGACUCGUUUGUGUGAUCAUUUUGAAAGUGCUGAAUUCAAGCGGCAGAGUAUAGCCAACAUACAAAACAAGGGUAAGCAGACAUAUGCUCAUACUACUGGUGGAAAGUCGUGCAGCCAGCGGAUGUUUGAAAUUGAAAAAGCAAAACAUGCAGCUGCCGAUGACACUACUGAAAACAAUGAUGAUUCUGGGGAGGUGGAGAAUAGCAGUCAACCAUCUAAUGUAGUGGAGGAAGAGCCCAAAGAACUAAGGGUCUAUGCAGACACCCACAAGAAACUUGAUGGCAGUUGGGAGGAAAUGAGGAGGAUUCAUCUAGAGGCAGUUGAACAAGGAAAUCCAUUGUCAGGAGCUAAACUUGUUCGCAGGGUGUUGCAGAAAGCACCGAGUUAUGUUAGAAAGGAAGACCUCAUUUCCGAAAGAGAGAAGGAACUGGAAGCUCGUUUGGAGACCUCUCUUGCUGAUGCCGAUAAACAGAGGCAGGAAUUCGAAGAUAAAAUCAAAUCUCAGCAAGACCAGAUCGAAAAACAGGAAGAAAAGAUCCGAGGUCAUAAGGUGACUAUCGAUGCCUUGCAAGCAUCACAGGACAGUCUCAAGGAGUAUGUGGAGUCACUUGCUGCGAAAAUCAAUGGAGGCAACACUUAG